AUGUUUGGGAUGCUCAGCCGCAUUUACACGGCUAUCGCGCCGCCAACUGUCGAAAAAAGCAAAGACGGUGCCAUCAGAUUCGGAAUUUUGGGAGCUGCCAAAAUUGCGCCCAUGGCAAUAGUAGUCCCAGCCAAAUCACACCCCGAAGUCGUCGUUCAUGCCAUCUCCGCCCGAGACCGUGGCCGGGCCGAGGAGUUUGCCAAGAAGCACGGAAUCCCCGUUGUCAGGGACACAUACCAAGAAAUUCUCGACGACCCCGACAUCGACGCCGUCUUCAUCCCACUCCCAAACAGCCUGCACUACGAGUGGGCCGUUCGAUCCGUCCGCGCAGGGAAGCACGUGCUGCUGGAGAAGCCAUCGGUCGACACGGCGGCUGAGGCUGAGAUCCUUUUCGGUCUCUCACAGCUGGCUAGCUCUCAGCCUAGCCCGCCCAUCAUCCUCGAAGCGUUCCACAACCGCUUCCACCCGGCGGUGCAAAAGUUCCUCUCGCUCGUCAGCCCGGCCGACGUCGCGCACGUGCACACGGACUCGAUGGUACCGUGGUGGCUGACGGCGCGCGAUAAUAUCGAGUUCAACUACGCGCUGGGCGGCGGCAGCAUGAUGAUGCUGGGCACGUACAACUUUGCGCUGCUGCGCAUGAUCUUCGCCGCCGAGCCCGCCGAGUGCGUGUCCUGCGAGACGCGCGGAUUCGGCGACGGCGUGCACGACAAGUGCGAUACCAGCUUCCGCGCCCAGUUCCGCUUCCCCAACGGCGGCACCGCCGACGCCAUGUCCACCAUGCGCGGAUCCGUCUGGUGGAAGCCGUCCGAGGCGCGCGUCACGCACCGCGAGGUUGUUGUCCCCAACGACGGCGACGGCAAGGCGGACCCGCUGCACGAGACGGUGCGCACCCGCGUCGUCACCUUGCACGGCUUCGUGCAAGCCAUCGCGUGGCACCGCAUCGACGUCAAGGACACCUUCGUGCUCCGCGCCAAGGCUGACGGCCGCACGCUGCGCACCUGGACCGAGGCUUCGUCCCACAAGGCCUACACGUACGCCGAGGCGGGGCCCGAGUUUGCCGAUGCCGCCCCCGGUGAGCCCUGGUGGAUGUCGUACCGCUGGCAGCUCGAGGAGUUUGUCAAUCGCGUCAAGGGCCGGCCCACGCAGUUCUGGAUCUCGGGCGAGGACUCGAUCAACCAGAUGCGCAUGCUUGACAUGGCGUACGAGAAGAGUGGGCUGGGCUUGCGCCCGAUGAGCGAGUUUCGGUGAGGAUUGAUUUGAACGAGCAGCGGGUGCCUUAGCGUACCGAUCUGUCCUUUCUCUUCUUCAGGUACACGCCAUGUGCUUCCAGCUUGAGGUUCUAGUCUGUGAUCAAAGACUACUGUACAUUAUUUUAUAAACAAUCGAUCGCAC